GCUAGCCGGGCGCUGAAAGCAACUGGCUUCCUUGCGCUCUGCCUUUGGGGGAGCACAUUCAGCCCCCGCGCCGCGGGUGGGCACGAGCUGGCACUCUGCCCCCGGGAGCGCAGCCCUCGGCAACGGACAGCCCCAUGCCGCCCCCGUCCCGUUUUGCUUUAAAUCCUUAUCAUCAAGCAGUUGCAACUUCCUCCCUCUACAGCGGCGCCGAGCUCUGCGAGGAGCUCCUAGCUCCCCCCGUCCCCGGCUCUCAAUCAAGCAGCGCCGAAGGGACCCUUCUCCUCGUGCGAGGCCCUCUGUGGGUGGCUUCUUUUUAUUUCGCCUCCCGUUUAAAAAGACGCCAACCUGUCUGCCGAGCAUGUUUCCCUUCUAGUAAGGAAGCUCCACCUCUGCGAGGACUUGAUUCGUCCAGCACUUUUUAAGAUAAUUUAUGGAGCAACCUGAGGAGCUUAUUGGCCAAGUUGCAUGGUCCUUUUAGAGUCGGAUCCUACCUGGCUGGGGGGUUCUCUCCCUCUCGCUCCAACGCGCUGGGGGGAUGCCGAAAUUGCAGAGUAACUACUAGAGAGUGACUUGUAAGAAAACCAGAGAAGAGAGACUUAAAGCCAAUGGAUUCAUGGAGGCGUCCCUCCUUCCCGUGGCCUCUGUGCAGUCCCCGCAGCAGGAUGAGGCUUCUGCUCCUGCUGUUGACCGUGCGAUUGGGGAACUGUGCUGAUAAAGCAGAUGAUGAGGAUGAUGAAGAUCUAACAGUGAACAAAACAUGGGUACUUGCACCAAAGAUACAUGGUGGAGAUGUCACUCACAUACUGGAUUCCUUACUUCAAGGCUAUGACAGUAAACUUCGGCCAGAUAUUGGAGUGAGAACUACGGUAAUUGAAACAGAUGUCUAUGUUAACAGCAUUGGCCCAGUUGAUCCAAUCAAUAUGGAAUACACCAUAGAUAUAAUUUUUGCCCAGACUUGGUAUGAUAGUCGCCUAAAGUUUAACAGCUCAAUGAAAGUGCUUAUGCUUAAUAGCAAUAUGGUUGGAAAAAUUUGGAUUCCAGACACUUUCUUCCGGAACUCAAGAAAAUCUGAUGCUCAUUGGAUCACAACUCCAAAUCGUUUGCUUCGAAUCUGGAGUGAUGGACGAGUAUUGUAUACUCUGAGGUUGACAAUUAAUGCUGAAUGUUAUCUUCAGCUUCAUAACUUUCCUAUGGAUGAGCAUUCCUGUCCUCUGGAGUUUUCAAGCUAUGGAUACCCCAGAAAUGAAAUUGAAUACAAAUGGAAGAAAACCUCCGUUGCAGUCGCAGAUCCCAAAUACUGGAGAUUGUACCAGUUUGCAUUUGUAGGGUUACGAAAUACAACUGAAAUUUCUCAUACUCUGUCUGGGGACUAUAUUAUCAUGACAAUCUUCUUUGAUCUGAGCAGACGUAUGGGAUACUUUACUAUUCAGACAUACAUUCCUUGUAUACUAACAGUUGUUCUUUCAUGGGUCUCAUUUUGGAUUAAUAAAGACGCUGUGCCUGCAAGGACAUCAUUAGUUUGCUUCAUUUUUGUGUUUGCUGCCUUGAUGGAAUAUGGCACCUUGCAUUACUUCACCAGCAACAAAAAAGGGAACAAAGAGAAAGAGAAGUCAUCAAAACACAAGCCAGCUAAAUCGUCUGCAAUUGCUGUCCGUCCUGGAUCAACAUUAAUAGCAAUUAACAACAUUAAUCACCUCCAACAGCGUGACCAGGAUUAUGGAUAUGAGUGCCUCGAAGGCAAAGACUGCACCAGCUUUUUUUGUUGUUUUGAAGACUGCCGCACAGGUUCUUGGAGAGAAGGAAGAAUACACAUCCGUGUUGCCAAAAUCGACUCCUAUUCUCGAAUCUUCUUUCCAACAGCCUUUGCCUUGUUCAAUCUCGUUUAUUGGAUUGGCUACCUUUACCUAUAAAUUCCAGAGGUUUGACAAACUCAGAAAAGGGAUAAGUUAACACUGAUACUGUUUAAUGUACCUCAGUGAACGAUAUAGACUUAGAGCUGCUCAAAAUUUCUGAAAUUCGCAUGAAAAUUGAAAUUCUUGAAAAAAUGAAAGGAAAUAGAAUGACAUUUUCAUACUUUUCCAUCUCUAAUUGAUCAAUUAUAUAGAUAAUUUUUAACUUUUGAAAUUAGGGGCGAAACUUUCAAAAUACUUUUUCUGAAAUUCUUUCUUUUUUCCAGCUCUAACAAAAAUGCAGAGAAACCAGUGGUUAAAUGGCUGAAUCAGGCACCUCUUCAUAACUUUUAAGUUUUGUUUUUAAAUGGAAUAACAGCUAAACAUUGUAGCAUCUCUUACACCAAAGUUAACAAAGCCUUAAUAAAACAGGUUUAGCGCCACUGUUACUGAAUCAUUCUCAUAUCUACCUUUUCUACCACAGAGUGACUUUUAAAAAUAAAAAACACCUGAACUUUUAUAAAUUCCUAUUUUAAAGAGGUUGGCAUGGAAUAUUCCUCUGGUCCAUUUAACCAUUUGUCCUCUGCAUAAUACUGGUUACAAGUAUGUGUAAACCUGAAUGCACUUAAUUAGCACUUAAUGAAAGCAGAAUGAAACUGACAGGUUAUACAAAGGCAAUAGUAAUUCUGAACUGGUGUGAUCCUGACCAUCACAUAAGUUUUGUGCUUAAGUUUAUGCUUGUACUUUUUCCAUCAUUACUUAGCUAUUGGUAGUUUCCUAGGGUUCCGAAAAAAGGGCAAAAUCCUGCAGAGAUCCUUAACUAAUGUAAAUUGGUGCAGCUCUACUGAUUUCACCAGAACCAGAAUUGAUGAGGUUCAAUAAGGAUAAGUGCAGGGUCCUGCACUUAGGAUGGAAGAAUCCAAUGCACCGCUACAGACUAGGGACCGAAUGGCUAGGCAGCAGUUCUGCGGAAAAGGACCUUGGGGUGACAGUGGACGAGAAGCUGGAUAUGAGUCAGCAGUGUGCCCUUGUUGCCAAGAAGGCCAAUGGCAUUUUGGGAUGUAUAAGUAGGGGCAUAGCGAGCAGAUCGAGGGACGUGAUCGUUCCCCUCUAUUCGACAUUGGUGAGGCCUCAUCUGGAGUACUGUGUCCAGUUUUGGGCCCCACACUACAAGAAGGAUGUGGAUAAAUUGGAGAGAGUCCAGCGAAGGGCAACAAAAAUGAUUAGGGGUCUAGAACACAUGACUUAUGAGGAGAGGCUGAGGGAGCUGGGAUUGUUUAGCCUGCAGAAGAGAAGAAUGAGGGGGGAUUUGAUAGCUGCUUUCAACUACCUGAAAGGGGGUUCCAAAGAGGAUGGCUCUAGACUGUUCUCAAUGGUAGCAGAUGACAGAACGAGGAGUAAUGGUCUCAAGUUGCAGUGGGGGAGGUUUAGAUUGGAUAUUAGGAAAAUCUUUUUCACUAAGAGGGUGGUGAAAAACUGGAAUGCGUUACCUAGGGAGGUGGUAGAAUCUCCUUCCUUAGAGAUUUUUAAGGUCAGGCUUGACAAAGCCCUGGCUGGGAUGAUUUAACUGGGAAUUGGUCCUGCUUCGAGCAGGGGGUUGGACUAGAUGACCUUCAGGGGUCCCUUCCAACCCUGAUAUUCUAUGAUUCUAUGAUUCUAUGAACUAUUCCACUUUAAACCAGAUCAGGAUCUGGCCCUGAACAUGGUGCUUCUCCUUCCUCUCUCCUGCUCCCUUCCCCCAACUAGUCUCAUUCAUUUAAAUGGACUACCCAUAGUUGUAAAAACCAUUGUGCUCAGUAGAGUUUGUAGGACUUGGGGCCAGCUAUUGUUCUCCCAAAUUCUGCCACUGCCACAUGACAUUCAGAGGCAUUACUUUCCAACUCCAGCCCUCGGAGCAAAGGGCAUGGCCGUCUUCAUUUCAUCAGAAACCCAUAUUGUUUACUGGUUAAUCCAAAAUGGUAGUGCUUCUAUUGAUUCUGUUUGUCUCUGUGUGUCUCCUUCGGAGCCAACACUAAAAAGCAGCAGUUUUAGUACACUUAUAAUAUGAAUUGUUUCAUAAUGGCUAUUGUACCAAUUGUAUGUUUAAUUGGAAAUGUGUGGUGUUGAGAAAGAAAAAUAAUUAUGCAUUUCAGGUAAUUCUCCAUGGUGCGACACAUCCCUAAAAAGCAUAGGACCCUGUCAUGCACCCCCUCCUCACUCAGAUGUCCCAUUGACAUUAGUGAUAUUGUGCAAGUGGUGGACUUUCCAGACUGAGCUCACUGCUUGUUGGCUGGCUAAAUUAAUUAGCACUUUUACAUCAUCAAUAAUUUUGUCUUCACUGCAGAAAAGUACAAUCCUUUCUGCUUUCUGACCUUUCAUAGACAAUGAAACUGGUCUCAAGCUAACCCACAAAAGUCAGCUGUGUAAUUGAAGAAUUCCUUAACUAAAAGUCAAACAAGAGAGUCCUUGAGGAUACUUUAAAGGGGAUUUAUGGGACAAGGAGUUGUCUACUAUAGAUGGGCCUUAGUGAAGACUUCACUGUGUCAGAGGAUACCUCCACAAAGCAUAAAGAAAAUAACUGAUAGCUUGAAGUAGACAAAGAUUUAUCAUUUUAAAGGGGAAGACCAGAGAGUUCUAUUGAAUAGCAUACCUUCUCUGGAUGUGUCUCAGAAACAUACUGUAUCCUUAUAGUCGCUGGUACAAGAAACAAUAUGGCUUGAUAUAAAUUCGACACUGAAUUCAGAGGUCCAGAUCCUGAAAAAUAUGUAGGUGCCUAACUCCCAUUGAAAUCAAUGGGAUUUAGGAGCCUAAACAUCUUUUGAGGAUUUGGGCCAGAGGAACUACUCAUGUGAAAUUUGAAAACUGCAUUUGACCUCUGAGUUCAAUGAAGAAUCAAAGGCCAAAAAAAACCAACCCAGUGAUUCUUUGGGGAAAAUGUAUUGAUGGACACAGUUUAAUGCAAACUUUAUUUCAAUAUUUAGCUGAUAGAAUGUAGAAAUGAUCAGGAGAAUUUGAAAGACUGCCACUGACGUUGUCAGAUUUCUUUUACGGGGUAACCUUUUCAGAGCUCAGAGCUUCUCCUACCUGCUAGAAUGAGGGUAAAAGUGAUGCAGCAUCUAAAGACAUUUCUUACUCUACUGUCAUUUUAUUAUUGCUUAACAGGCCAGUUUCUGGGAUAUGUCCAAAAAAAUUGAAAUGAGCCAGUUCCAACUACCAGUGCAGUUGUGAUGUUUUCACUGUGCAUUGGGAAUGUGGUGAGGGUGGUUUCAAUAGCAGUAGAUUAAAGGAAAAUGAAGAGUACCAUGCUUACUAUACCACUAAAGGCCCCAUCCUAUGAAGAGCUGAGCUCCACCAACUCCCGUUUAAGCAAACGGAGCUUAGGGAGCUCAGCCCUUUGCAGAAGGAAAUCAGUACUUCACUGUUGCAGAGGGAACUCUCUCUUGGCACAUCUGGUUAGUUAUUUCUAUUUCAUUUAGUUGUCAGUUGCCAAUCAGCUCCAGUGAAUGAAUUAGCAAAGAGAGAACUUCCUGAAUUGGCAGGGGAUUGACAAGAAGUCUGUCAUCUCUAAUUUGUAUGAAACAAUGUAAUGGAGUAUUAAAGCUAUUGAAUGUUAGGGCUGUUUGGUUUAUGAAUACACUUGCUUCUGUCUGUUAACCAACUUUUGUGUGUACCUCAUUUGUUUCUGGUGAAAUCAUUUCAGGUUUUCAUAGUACUGUGUGUGCAAACAGAAAUGAGAAUGCAGUGAACUAUAACUUGGCAUGCAAUAAAUGUGUUGAUUUAGCCCUACAUGUUUCCUUUCUAGUCUGCAUGGAAUCACUUUCCCUAGAUACCAAGACAUCUAACUGAACUUAAUGAAAAAUGACAGAGAUUAGAUGUGAUCAUCUUUCAAAUACACAUAGCUAUAAAAUGGAGAGUGGCUUAUUUGCUGAAGUAUGCCAUUGUGAGAUCUGGAGGUUUGGAGUAGUGCACUCUGGCCCCAAUUCAGCAUAGCACUUACGUGCAUGCUUAAGUCCAUCCCUGUUCAGAACAAUACUUGGCCUGGAUUCAGGAAAGCACUUAUGCAUGUGCUUAAGUGGUCUCAAGAAUAGAGAUGUUUUUCUAAAAUGAGUCCUUAAACAUGUGAUUUCAAUAGGCAGCACUUAAAUGACUGAGCCUUAACAACAUGAUCCAAAGCAUAUUUAAGUUGAUGGGAGGUUUUCUCAUUGAUUGCAAAGGGCUUUGGAGCAGCUGCCAUAUAAAUGAAGACGGGUGGGAAAAUGGAAAUAGAGAAAACUGCAUGAAACUGUGCUUCAUAGGCUUGGGAAAUUUCUGAAAUGUUUCUUGUGAAAGACCUUAAGUGAUACUUUUAUAGUCAAGUGAUCAUCUCUCGAUUGUGUAGUUAAUGCAGCUAAAUGUGUUAUUUUUCAGCAAGGUUUUGUGUAUUUGAUUGUAUUUCACUCAUUACCCUCAGUGUUUGAAUGUUUUAUUUUAUGUAGUGACAGGACCAAGCAAAAAAAAGUGAAUUCUGAUUACUGUGCUUCACACAAUUUCUUUCAAUAUGCUUCACAGGCCUGGUCCCUUGUCUGAUGACAUGGAAUGUUGCAACAUUUUAAAGAAAAAAUCCCUUCCGAAAGUGUUGUUUUGCCACUGUAAUUAUCUGUUGCUUACUUGUUAUGUUAAUGUACGGUUUGUUUGAUAUUUGAAAGAUGCUUUGUAAUUUGAUCAUCAUGUGUAACCCUUAGCCUGUCUUUCGUAUCAAAAGCUCACAGAAAAAGAUUAUAUUUAUUUUUUAAAUAUUUGUAUAAAACCAGAUAUUUUGUUUGUAUCCUUCACCAUCACAAUUCAUAUUUUCAGAUUUACUGCAAAUAAGCCUAAUUUGUGUUUUUUUAAAAUCCUUAUCGGUGUUUCAAGUUAAAUUGCACACUGUUGUAAUUCUUCUUUGCAUAGUCAUAUUUUCAAAAUAAUCUUUUAUCUGUUUUUAUGGUAUCCAUCUAAAAAUAUAGCUUCUAAUGAUUUGCAUACAGCCAAUGGAAAACAAAAUCAUUGUCCACGAGCUAAUUAAACAAGUUACUAAAAUACAAGAACAGAA